GUACCUAAUCCAUCACUACGGUCAAAUACUAAUCUCAUCAAACGGUUCACUGGACGGAGAACAUUGCAAUCACAGUGCUCACAUUUUUGAGUGUGUUUAUAAUUGAAAUCAUUACCUUGAUAAACGGCCGAUUAGAUAUCAAGUGCAUCAUAAUCUAAAUCAGAAGCAUUUUAGUCGGGUGGUUCUCACAUCAACGAUUCCGUCCGGAUAUCGGCAAAGAUGACGGAGAUUGUAACAAGCCAAACGCCCCCUAUUCUUCAAGGGCCAACAGAAAAGGAAAAAAAGUAUGAUCGACAGCUACGACUUUGGGCAGCUAGUGGCCAAGCAGCCCUUGAAUCAGCCAAUAUUCUUCUCGUGAACUCAGGUGCUGGCACUGUUGGCGUCGAAGCGUUGAAGAACCUUGUGUUGCCCGGAAUAGGAAAGUUCACCAUUGCAGAUGAUACGAUAGUGAACGAGACCGACCUUGGUGUGAAUUUCUUCCUUGAUGAGAGCUGUAUAGGGAAACUCCGAUCAGAAUGCUGCACCAAACUUCUCCAAGAACUGAAUCCAGAAGUUGAGGGAGACUGGUACCCUAAGAGACAGAGUGACUUGGACCUACGCGGCCUUCUGGGUGCUUCGCCUACCUUCACCUUGAUUAUGUAUACCUACCCCAUCAAAAAGGAGGUUCUCUCGGUUAUUGAAUCCUAUGCUAGCAAGUACAAGACUCCACUUGUGGCGAUUCACUCUGCCGGGUUUUAUUCGUAUUUUCGUAUCACUCUACCUGGAACAUUUCCCAUCGUCGACACUCACCCUGAGAUUGAGAAGACCACCGAUCUUCGGCUCCUCAACCCCUGGCCUGAACUUGUCGAGUUUGCUCGUGAUAUGACGAGGAAUAUCGAUGGUCUAGAUGAUCAUGAACAUGGACAUCUACCCUACGUUGUCAUUCUACUCCACUACCUGGACGAAUGGAGAAAUUCACACAAUGGCCAGAACCCUAUUAGUUACGCGGACAAAACCGAGUUUACUAAGUUUGUUCGUAGCAAAGCGAGGACCAACAGCCCGGAAGGCGGGGAGGAGAAUUUUCAGGAAGCUGCGGUAGCUAUAAACAAGAAUAUUAAAGCUCCCGAAUUAGAACCUGGAGUGCAGGAGUUGUUUAAUCACGAGGUGUCAGACCAGAUUGAGCUCCAGUCGACGUUCUGGGUCAUUGCGAAGGCUAUCCAGGCAUUCUACCUCAAGCAUGGUUGCCUCCCUCUACCAGGGGCACUACCCGAUAUGAAGGCCCAGUCAAGCGUUUACGUCAAAUUGCAGACUAUAUACAAGGAAAAGGCCCGCAAAGAUGCACAGGAAGUGAUGGAGACCGCUAGGGCGUUUACGGGUGGCAAGGACGUUGAUCCUGCCGAGGUAGACCUGUUCUGCAAGAAUGCUCGUUUUGUCAAACUCAUCAAUGCAACACUGACGAAGGCAAAUCUCGAUGAAAUUCUGGCAUCUGAGAGAACCAAUGACGAAGCAGCUGAGGCUAUGAAGGUCGAGACCGACGGUGCAUUUACUCUGCCCAUGUCUAAUCUCUUCAUCUAUCUUGCCCUUGUUGCAACUAGCCACAAUCCUACGGCCACUGCUGGUGAUAUCAUGGAAUCUAUCACUGCUAUGGUGCCAGAGGCGUCGGGAAUUGAAAGAACGUGGCAAGCCGCCCAAGAGGUAGCCCGAGCUGGCGGCGGCGAACUUCACAACAUAUCCGCGCUCACCGGUGGAAUGGUCGCGCAGGAAAUUAUAAAAAUUGUCACAAAGCAGUACAUACCGAUUGAGAAUACCUGCAUAUUCGACGGCAUUAGCAGCCGGUGCCAGGUACUUCGGCUAUAGUAUGUAUACCCCAGAAAGGUGACAGUCAGCCAGCAGAGGAUAUUCUCAAAGGCAUAUCAUCCGCAGAUCCGGGUUAUUCAUGGAGAAGUUGGAGAAGUUGUGGGGAAUCUUUUAUGAGCCUGGAAGCUUGGCAAACCUGACGAUGCUACAUGUUCACACCAUCCCUCCUCUACGGCUGGGGAGGACGGGGACAUGUGUCGGUCCGCAGACCCUCUGCAGUAACCUCAAAUCGUGGCCCGCGACGGCUGUGACCAGUGUCUUCCAAGGCAUACACUGAGAUAUCUAUAGCUUUGCUGACUAUUACCUGACCAGCGUUACGUAGCCGGGUGAAAUCAGACAAGAGUUACGUAUGAUGAA